AUGGUGUUCAUCGUAAAGAUACCCGGUCGCUCGCGCGCAAACACCCCGGAGCCCGCAACCGCCUCCACCCCGUCCGACCAGCACUUGUCCGCACCGCCGCUCGCGGACAUCGCCAUGGACACUCCGCCUCGAGCAGCCCCUCCUACGUCCAUCCCUGUGCAGCCGACGCAAGAUGUGACAGCUGGGUCAUUAGCGUCUUCGAGCCCGCAAGUGGCAGCACAGCCAUCCCCCGCGGCCUCGGUCGCAUCAACUGCUCCCGGUGCUGCACAGCUCGACAUCCUCCUCGCACCUGCCGUGCUCAAUCACAGAUACGUGCGCGGCGUCGACAAGAGCCUCAUUGUAGAGCGUCCAGAGCGCGUCCGUGCCGUGCUCCUCGGCAUCGCAACCGCUAUCGGCAAGUCCACCACCGACGACCAUCCCGCUAUACCCUCGCUGCCCUCCACAUACCCCGCCGCCGCACCCGGCCCGGCAGUCUCGGACGAUGACGACCUCGUCGCACGCCUCGGAUCGCUCUCGAUGCAAGCCAAGCCAGAUGGCCCGCAACAGCAGCACCCGCCGCCCAGAUUUCGGGUGCUCCAUUCGACAUCAUCGGUGCCCCUCAACCCGGCCCACCCGGCAGUGGCGUACACCCAUGCCCACGCAGACGAGCUCGUCGCCGUCCUCGAGUCCGCCUACGACCUCGCGAAACAGCGACGCAGAGACACCCACACCGCUCAGGUCAAGCAUGAAGCACGCGAGGAUACGCCAACGCCCGCACAGCCCCAGCCAGAACAAGCCGCCUCGAUGGCCGCACCGCAGCAGACGUCACACGCCGCCUACCUCGAGCUCCUCUGCAGCCGAGCUCCCAACCAUCCGCCGAUCUCGCAAGCCAAGCACCACCACUCUUCGCCCUCAAAGCACCCGCCCGAAGAUAGCGAGGCGUACACAUCGAGCGACGGAGAAGGCGACGAGGCCAUGCACGCGUCCGAAGUGCCCGAACAUCUGCCCCAGGGCGACCUCUACCUCGCUGGCCCCUCGCAACAACCCGAUUCCAGCGACGGCGGAUCGGCGCAAGCCAUCCAGCACGCCAUGGGUGCCUGCUGUGAGGCCGUCGACCGCGUAGUUGCAGCCGCCACCUCUUCCGCCAACACGACUCCCCUGCGCGAGAUUCGGUACGACCAGGCGCUGCCGCACACCAACUCGGACGCGCAUCCAGCACCAGCACCAGCCGCCAAGCGCGCCUUUGUCCUCUCGCGUCCGCCGGGCCAUCACUGCUCCGGCUCCACGCCGCAGGGCUUCUGCUGGGUGAACAAUGCGGUGGUCGCGUCGGCGCACGCCUACCUGCAGCACGGCAUCGACCGCAUCGUGGUGUUCGACAUUGACCUGCACCACGGCAACGGCACGCAGAAUCUGGCGUGGCGCAUCAACGCCGAUGCGAACAAGCGCGACGACGAGCGUGCGGAGCGCAUUGCCAGUCUGCGCGCAGCGGCUCUCGAGCGCGCGCGGCAGGCGCUCGGCAGCGGCACGGGGCGUGCGCACGCCAGCCGCCUCGCCAAGGUCGCGCUGUCCGAGCAGGACGAGGCGGAUAUCAGGGCGCAGGCGGGUCCGAGGGCCAUGAGGAUGUUCUACAGCUCGCUGCACGACAUCGAGUCGUUUCCGUGCGAGGACGGCGAUGCGAGCAUGAUCAAGGACGCAAGCACCUGUGUCGAGGGCGCACACGGUCAGUGGAUCUGGAACGGUAAGUACGCACCCAGCGCCGCACCAGAGAUUAACGCAAUGGCCGAGUUCAAGCGGCUGUACGCGGACAAGUACGCGAUCCUGUUCAACAAAGCCGCGCGGUUCCUGCAAGCUACAUGCGCCCUGCCUGGGUCAACGCUGGUGCUGAUCUCGGCCGGUUUUGACGCGUGCGCAUACGAGUAUCCGGGCAUGCAGCGACACGGCAAGCACGUGCCACCGUCGUUCUACCACACGUUUGCACGCGAUGCGGUGGGGUUUGCCGACACGCACGCGCACGGCAAGCUCAUCUCGGUCCUCGAGGGCGGCUACAGCGACCGUGCGCUGUGCUCGGCCGCCCUUGCGCACGUAACCGGUCUAGCUGCCGAAGGGGCAGCAGAUCCGGAGGCAGAGGCGGAAUUCUGGAAGCUCGAUAAUCUCGUGGCGGUGGAGAAGGUGGCCAAGAAGAUGGCUGCACAUGCAGCAGCGGUGGGUGGUGGGGUGGGGGUCAACAUCACGCCCAAGAGGAGGCAGGCGGAAUUGGUGCCUUGGUUGGCACGCACGUCGCGCGCCUUUGCGGCGUUCGAACAGGCGUGUGGCAAACCGCAUGUCCUUCCGCUCACCGCCACGGGCAGGACGAGUGCGGUGGCGAGUGCGGUGAAUAGCCCCAGUGUGGCGGGGAGGACACUGCGCGAUCGUGGCGCACUCAAGACACGUGCGGAUGCCACGCCCCAGUCGAAAAAGAGCCCGUCCAAGUCGCCCACCAAGCCUCGCGCAACUGCCUCGCAUGCCGAAGUUACACCCGUCAAGAUCGAACGCACUGCGAUGGAUCUGGAUACUUCGACACCGACCAAACCCAGCGCUGUACAAGAUGGUAACCCCGUCCAAACCACUGUGACGACGGCUGAGUCGACACCGACCAAGCCGGCGCCGAUCAUCGCUGGGGCUGAGCGAGUGGCGCGCGCGGACGCGCUGGACAUCUCCCCGUUCCUCGCCACAUCGUCGACGCCCCAAUCGCCCGUGCUCUCAGCUGCGCCCGUAACGCUCGUCGACGCCAUGUCGCCCACACACAUCCUCGACGCCAACUCGACCCACUCAAUCAUCCCGCUCGACUACCUCGACCCAGACGCUCCCGGAUCGCCCGACCCCACCGUCGACGCCCUAGACUAUUUUCCUCCUCGAACCCACCCCCAACCACACUGGACACAGGCGGCGAAGUAA